AUGAGCGCGUUGGAGGACACGGAGCGCACCUGCGUCGACCUGAGCUACCGCAGUCUCGUCGCCGUGCCGACGCUGAGCGAUGCGGCCUUGCUCGUCGUCCUCGACCUCAAGGGCAACGACCUGGCAGACCUGCCGGACCUGAGCGCGCUGCGCAGCCUCCGGUCGCUGAUCGUGUCGCAGAACGCGCUCGCGGAGCUGCCCGCCAGCAUCGGGCAGCUCCGGCGGCUCCGGAAGGUCUGGGCCAACGACAACCACUUCGCGGCGCUGCCGGACGCCGUCGGCCGCCUGCCGCGGCUGAAGACGCUGUGGGUCGCGGGGUGCCGACUGGCAUCGCUACCCGAGUUGGACCUCGAAUGCCUGGAAUCGCUCUGGGUGGCGUCGAACCGCCUCGCCGCGCUGCCCGCGUCGCUCGCGGGCUGCCUGCAUCUUCGCGCGCUCUGGGCGUCCGACAACGCGCUGACAUCGCUCCCGAAGGAGCUGUCGUACCUCGACGACCUGAGCAUCUGGCUCGACGGCAAC